AUUUGCUUCUCUCCCCUCUUGCACAACACAAGUACAACAGCCAAUUUUCGAAGCUCGGCGUUCUCUCAUGCCCCCUCACACUCACACCCACCUUCUCCAACAACCCCAACAUGUUGCUCCACAAAUCUCAAUCUCACUGUAUCCCUCUCUAAGCUUUCUUCUCUUCACUCCCAUCUCUCUCUCUCUCUCUCUCGCCCUCUCAAAUUCUCUCUAACACCCUACCCUCCCCAUCUCAAUUUUCACUUAUCAUUUAACCCCCCCCCUCCAAAAAAAUCACAGUCCUUAAACGUAGUCUAGGACAACGUUAUUGCUUUUCUAUGCUUUUGUUGUUGUCUCAGUAUUACUUUAUUUGUUGUUAUCUGUAAAGCACUAGGAAUAUAUUCUUAUUCAGUUUUGUCAUAGGUACCCAUUAGUUUUUUGGUGUUCAAUUUUGGGUUUUGGGUUUUGUUUUCUGUGUAAUUUAUGGAUAUGUUGCUUAAAUCGCCGAUUUUCAAUGCACUCACUUAUAAUUCCAGCUUAAAGUCGCUGUAUUUGGUGCCUUCCAAUAGGCAAAUGAGAAUGCCGAUGAAGAUUUUGCAGAGAAAUAAUCAGUACCCAUUUCGGUUAGCAUUGAAUUGCGUAGGUCGUUGUGGUUAUAGGAACUAUAUCAAUUCUAGACACCGAGAAAAAGAAACUGACUUGUUUGUUGGUAGAGCUGGUUUGGAAUUUGUAGGUAAAGAUAGUGAGAGUUUGAGCGAUGAAAAUGCGGUUUCGGGUGUGAAUUUAGAGCUUGUUAGGGAGUUGAUAAAGCGAGGGAUUGUUUUAGCGGCAAUGGUUUGUGGGGUUUUGGUUUUUGGGUGUAAGAGAGUGUUUGCAAUGGAAGGUGCGGCGAAUGCUGGUUAUGGGGUUAUUGGGCAGAGCAUUUUGUUAUUGAGGAAUGCAUGGCCGAAGACAUUACAGGUUCUUCAGGUUUUCAAAGAGCAGGGUCUUAUUCUGGCCGCCCUUUUGGGACUCUCGGCGUUCUUCUCCAUGGCAGAGACUUCAAUCACCACACUUUGGCCUUGGAAGGUGCGUGAAUUGGCUGAAAAGGAUUCUGAGAAUGGCGUCUUUAGAACACUUCACAGUGAUGUUACCCGGUUUCUAACUACUAUACUUAUUGGCACAACUGUUGUCAAUAUUGGAGCAACUGCCUUAGUCACAGAAGCUGCAACGACAUUAUUCGGUGAAGCUGGUGUUAGUGCAGCAACUGGAGUAAUGACUGUAGCCAUUUUGCUCCUCACAGAAAUCACUCCAAAAAGUAUAGCUGUUCACAAUGCCACUGAGGUUGCUAGGUUUGUGGUCAGACCAGUGGCAUGGCUUUCCUUGGUAUUAUAUCCUGUGGGAAGAGUUGUUACAUAUUUAUCUAUGGGGAUGCUUAAACUCCUUGGUUUAAAAGGAAAAAGUGAACCAUAUGUAACUGAAGAUGAGUUGAAACUGAUGUUGCGAGGGGCUGAAUUGAGUGGAGCAAUAGAGGAGGAAGAACAGGAUAUGAUUGAAAAUGUGUUGGAGAUUAAAGACACCCAUGUUAGAGAGGUGAUGACGCCUCUUGUAGAUGUAGUUGCAAUUGAUACCAGUGCUACGCUUGUAGAUUUUCAUACCUUGUGGGUGACACACCAAUAUUCAAGAGUGCCUGUUUUUGAGCAGCGUGUUGAUAACAUAGUGGGUAUUGCAUAUGCAAUGGAUCUGCUGGAUUAUGCUCAGAAGGGUGAGCUACUAGAAAGUACUACUGUUGGAGAUAUGGCUCACAAACCUGCAUACUUUGUUCCUGAUUCGAUGUCAGUCUGGAAUCUUCUUAGAGAGUUCCGAAUCAGGAAAGUUCACAUGGCUGUUGUCCUAAAUGAAUAUGGUGGAACUGUGGGAAUUGUGACCCUGGAAGACGUUGUAGAGGAGAUUGUUGGUGAAAUCUUUGAUGAAAAUGAUUCAAAUGAGGAGAUUCAGAAAAAAACAGGCUACAUAGUAAUGCGAGCUGAGGGAGUGUUUGAUGUGGAUGCAAACACUUCUAUUGAUCAGCUUUCUGAAGAUUUAAACAUCAAAAUGCCUGAGGGUCAUCAAUAUGAGACAGUGUCAGGUUUUAUAUGUGAAGCAUUUGGAUAUAUCCCACGGACGGGUGAGAGCAUCAAAGUGGUCCUUGAAAAGGCAAAUCAAGAAGAGAACCAUGAGUCCAAAUCUGACCACCAGGAUCAGAAGGAAAAGGAUCAUAUAUUUAAACUUGAGAUACUUGCAGGAAAUGCCAGAAAGGUCAGUGCGGUUCGAUUUGAACGGAUCGACAAUGAUGAAACAAUGUUGGAGACCAAAGAGUUGACUCGCUUGUUUCCCAAAAUCAUGAAGAGGAAAUGGAACAGUGGUGAGGACUCUGAUAGUACAGAAUAUGAUGAUGAUUUAUCUCCAAGGAGACCAGAGGAUGGCCUCUCUAUUGAACAUGAAAAUAAUCAUGAUAGUCAUGGUAGCAAUUAGUUACAUUGCUGUUUGUAUUUUUCAUUCUUACAGCACCAUGGAAGAGGUAAAAGAUCAAGAACAAAGUAACAAAAAGUAGAAUUAGCAAUGAACUAAAAUUUGUAAAAUUUUCACAGAUGAAGAGAAGUGUCAACAUCUGAAUCAUCAAAAUCAUUUUUUCUAUCCA